AUGAAUAAAAAGCAACAAUCACCUAAAGCAGCCGAAGAAGAUGCCGACACGAAAUUUUUACUUUCUUUACUUCCUCAAAUUAAGAGCCUAAAUGAAAGACAAAAUUGGGAUGUGUCACCGCCGAUGUACCAAGUAUAUACUACGAAUACAAACAGUGCAAGCUCCUAUUCAACCAUACAGUCACCUGAAUCUAUUGAAACUCAAAUACGUCCAAUUCAAUCAGCUGAAACUGAAACAGCACACUCAAUUGAGGAAAUAGACGAAAUAUUUCAGAAUAGGUCCACUUAA